AUGUCUAAGAGCACAGAAUAUGCGAAUGAUAUAAUUUCAUAUCUCAGAACGACAAAAGUUGAGACUACCAGAUUUCGAGACUAUAUGACCACCAUUCAAAAGGAGAUAAAUCCAAGCAUGCGUAGUAUUUUAGUCGACUGGCUCGUGGAAGUUGCGGAUGAGUACAGCUUGACCUCGGAAACUUUAUUUCUCACGUUAAACUAUUUAGACCGUUAUCUCGGUUUAAAACUGGUCAAGAGAAAUCGACUCCAACUUGUAGGAAUAACCUGCAUGUUAGUUGCCUCAAAAUAUGAGGAAAUAUACGCACCUCAAGUUGAUGACUUCUGCUACAUCACUGAUAACACUUACACACGUGAUGAUAUUUUAUUAAUGGAACGUGAUAUCCUUGAUGCACUUCGUUUUGAGUUAACACAGCCAACAGCUAGGCAGUUCCUUAAAUAUUUGACCAGUCUUUGUGGCGCAGAUUCUGACUUGGAGUCACUAGCUACGUAUUUUAUAGAACUAACUCUCUUGGAUUACAGCUUUCUAUCUUACUGUCCUUCCAUGGUUGCUUCAUCUGCGUUGGUUUUGGCACAUUUCACUUCAGAAAGAGUGUUGAGUGUUGUAGGGUUCCAGAAGUGCUCAUAUUAUUCUCCACUAGAAAUCAAAAGUUGUGUAAAGGAGCUAAAUAAGCAUCAUCAGCGAAUCCAAAAUGGGCCAAAAUUAGCAGUAGUAGAAAAGUAUUCAAAGUCAAAGUACGAAAAUGUUGCCUCAUUCUCUCCUAUCUCUGGAUCUCUGCAGGAAAAGUGGGAUUUCUUAGAAAAAUCCUUUGAAGGUAUGGAUUAA